UUGUUUUAUUAGGAUUAAAAGUGCCAUUUUUUGCGACGAGCAAAUUUUGCAUUUGCGAGGCGGAGCGAAGCGAAGCCGAGCGGAUGCAAAAUUGCGAGUCAAAAACUGACUUUUAAUCCGAAUGAAACAUACUACUUUUUCGCCAGCCAAAAAGUAAAUCUCAAAAAUACAAAAUAUUGAUAACAAUAAUAUCGAGCAGAAAUGAAUCAAUCUGCAAAGUAGUCUGGUAUCCACGUCGUCAAGGCUUUUUUUGUUUGCUUACAUACCAUUGUUUUGUGAAAACGUUUGCAGUGUUAAUAAUGAAUCCUGAAGAAGAGUUACCUCCCGAUGUGCUAGAAGAAGCACAAAACGUGGUACUGAACUUGUUACCAACAAAAUCGCGCGAAGUGUAUGAGUGCGCGUAUACCCGCUUCAUCAAAUGGUGCGAAGGGAAAAAGAUUCAAACUUAUUCUGAGAACGUCCUAUUGGUAUAUUUUUCCGAAUUGGCUACAAAAAUGAAGUCAUCCACACUGUGGUCGCAGUAUUCCAUGGUGAAAGCAACUUUAAAUAUAAAAAAUGGCAUAGAAAUCGGAAAGUAUUCAAAAUUAAAAGCGUUUAUAAAGAAACAAGGAGAAGGAUACGUUCCAAAGAAAUCAAGGGUUUUAACUAAUGAACAAAUAGAAGUUUUCUUAGACACGGCUCCGGAUUUCAAAUUCCUGAUGAUGAAAAUUGUUGUAAUCUUUGGCGUUAGCGGAGCUUGUCGGUGUCACGAACUAUUACAAAUAAAAACUGAAGAUAUUGAAAAUAUUAAAGCAGGUUUAUUGGUAAAAAUUCCUGAUACCAAAACGAAAAAACCCAGAUCAUUUACGGUUAUGGGGGAAAAGUAUUUGAAAUUUUACGAAAAGUAUGUUGCGCUUCGUCCAAAAAUGUUUAAUGAAGGUCGGUUUUUUAUUAAAUAUGGCGACGGAAUGUGCCAUCGACAAGUAGUUGGCAUUCAUAAAAUUAGUGGUGUACCCCAAGAAGUAGCCAAAUAUUUAAAGCUAGAAAACUUUAAAGAAUACAGCGGACAUUGCCUACGUCGGACUUCUGCCACGCUUUUUGUGGAUUCUGGCGGUGAUAUUACGUCCCUCAAGAGGCACGGUGGGUGGAAAUCUGACAGUGUAGCCGAAGGUUACAUAGAAGAGUCUCUUAAACACAAAAAAGAUGUAGCAAAAAAAAUUUUUCGUUUGGAAGAACCAGGUACAAGUAGUGAAACCACAAGUAAAAUACAUGAAGACGCAACGAAUAGGAAUGUGAGCGAAGUAAACCUAGAAGAAUCAGGUACAAGUAGUGGAACUACGAAUAGAAUGAUCACACGUGAAGACGGAAUAAGUAGGAAUGUGGGAGCAGUAAACCUGAAUUUUGACACUGUGACCAACCAGACAGCAGGAGCGGUAGAAGUGUUAGCGCAAAAUAUUAUUACUGACCGCAUGAAAAAUGAUAAUAGUGACGGAAAAUCUUUAAUCCAAAUCAAUCGCAGUUGUUCUUAUUGUACAUUCAAUAUUAAUUUUAAAAUUUAAAUAAUUAAUAACAAUGUAAGUUAAUAAUAAAAUUGGAAAAUAUUAA